AUGCAUCGGUACAAGGGUUCUCUUGAAGGACGAGUUGUUCUCAUUAAGCUAUUUCCUGACUCUGAAUCAUUAGCUGAUUUUGCCAUCAAUGAUCUGGUGAUUUCUGCACAGAUGUGCGCUCACAAUAAUGUGUUAAAGCCCAUAGGGUGUUGCCUUGAGAAUCAAUCUCUCAUUUUAGUGUAUGAAUUUCCCAAGAAUGGUUUCCUUGCAGAUCGAAUCUACAUAUGCAGUGAUACUCGACAACAUCUGCCCAUGGCAUGGGAAAGUAGGCUAAAGAUUGCCAGGCAGAUAGCUCAUGCAAUUUCUUAUCUCCGUACUGCGUUCUCCAGACCUGUAAUUCACAUGGCUAUACAUAUGCACAGUAUCUUAUUAGAUGAACAUGAUGUUCCCAAAUUGUCCAACUUUUUUUCAGUAACAAUCCCUGAAGGUGAAACUGACGUGGAAGCUUAUAAUGGCCUUUGGCAUCCGAAGUUCAAAGGCCCCGAGUUUGAAGCAAUAGGCAAGGUAACAGAGAAGUUUGAUGUGUAUAAUUUUGGUGAUCUUCUUAUGGAACUUUUAACUGGGGAGGAUUCUUAUAAUACAGUCCGAUUGAUAAUUGAUGAAGAUUCUAGCUUAGUAAAAUACAUGUAUAACUGUGCUCAAGGUUAUGGCAUAAAUGAGAUUGUGGAUCCUGCAAUCUUGGCAGGGGAAGGAGGUGCUAGUUUAGAGCAACAAUUACAAGCUGUAUUGGACCUUACCUUGACAUGUACAGAGGAAGAUCCAUACAGAAGGCCAACAAUGGUUGAUGUCACUAAAGAACUUAAACUGAUUGAGAGGUAUGUUGCAUGA